CCUGCAUGAAGAUCUUCCAGCCUUGUUCGAAAUUCAUCAAUUCACUCAGCCUUUAGGGAAUUCCAUACGAAAUCACAAAUAAUUCCAGAAUUCACCCUGCAGAAAAGGGAGAUGAAUCUGUAAAUUAUUAACUGUUCUUGGAUCGGUUGGAUUGUGAACACUAAUAAGAAGAUUUUAAGAACAACAGAUUUUCUGACCUUCAAGUCUACCGGGUUGUCAUGCCUGUAAGGCUUCCAUCAUGGAUGGUAUAGAUGGUACAGAUCAUUUCACAGGAGGCGUUGAAGGUAUGACCAUAUACAGUUUGCAGCAGGUAUAUGUCCUUUAACACAACUACAGGUCCCUCCCCUUCAUGUCUCGUCAUUGUUCUCGACACCAAUCCACACGCCUGGUCACUCCUCUCCUCCACACUUCCUCUCUCCAAAGCCGUAGCCAACCUCCUCGUCUUCAUAAACGCCCACCUCGCCAUCAACAAUGCCAAUCAAGUUGCUAUAAUAGCCAGCCAUUGUCACCGCGCAGUAUGGCUCUACCCAGCACCACCCUCUGCCUCCGAAGAUAUAGAAAUGGGUGGUUCAACUACUCACGGCCCUCCCGAUGAUGCAAACAAAUACAGACAAUUCGCGCUCAUCGAAAAUACCGUCUUAAAUUCCCUCCGCAACUUAAUAUCUAGCACAACUGAACAAGAAGUUUCCACUACAACCACCACCCAAAUGGCCGGUGCCCUUACCCUCGCCCUCUCAUAUAUAAACAAACAAUCAUUAGCCUACAAUGACGUCUCAGCUUCCGAAUCUAAACCAACAACCUCCGAUGUAAACACUUCAGAUUCUACUAUUGGCCUGCAAUCACGAAUUCUCGUAAUCUCUGUAUCCGGCGAUCUCGCACAUCAAUAUAUUCCUAUAAUGAAUACUACAUUCGCAGCACAACGUAUGCGGAUCCCAAUUGAUAUAUUAAAACUCGCCGGUGAUACUGUAUUCCUACAACAAGCUAGCGAUACUACGAGGGGUAUAUAUAUGCACCUGAAGAAUCCGCAAGGAUUAUUACAAUAUCUAAUGAUGGCAUUUUUGCCCGAUCAAACGAGUAGAAAGGAUUUAACAGCGCCAACGCAGGAAGUGGUAGACUUUAGAGCUGCGUGCUUUUGUCAUAGAAAGGUGGUAGAUGUAGGUUUUGUGUGCAGUAUAUGUUUAAGUAGUAUGUGGUUUCUUUAUACAUACCAUAUUAUGGUUACAACUCAUCCAUUUUGUCCCUCUUCCAUCUUCUUACGUCCCUUCAUGCAUUCACACUGAUACGCCUCUAGUAUUCUGUUCACCCCCCGAAGGAGCCAUCUGCUUAACCUGCUCCACGCACCUCUCCCUCGGAGACUAUGGUUCCAAACCCGCCGUCGUCCCACGCAAAAAGAAGAAGAAGCGGAAGGUUAAUGGUGCAGGGGCCGAGACUGGCAGUGCUAGAGGUACUCCUGUACCUGGGGAAUGAAUAAGAUGAGUAGGAGAAAAUGAAUCAUCUGGCUAAUAAUUGAAUAAAUUAAUGGAUAGAUAAAUGGAUGUAUAGAUGGAUGAAGAAAUGUGAAUGUUGUAUUAUACCACUUAUAUACUCCAAAAGUUCCUAAGGUUAUUAUUAUUUAUCGGAGUUGGGAAACGAAGGAAAGAAAGUGGGAAAGGCAAUGGCUAGCAAAUUGGAUAUGACAUUCAAAAAUUUGCGGUUUGUGGUUUGAGGUAUAUCACAUAGGAAAGAGCAAUAUCAAAACUACACCAAUGAGCGC